ACUCGAGCUGUUAGCUGAUCGUGUCUCUGCUUCGCCAGGAAACUGCUGAAGUUCCUGUGGGAUCAAGUAGAAUUUAAUAAGAACAUAAUGGAUGGAGAAGAGAAAACCUAUGGUAGCUGUGAAGGCCCUGACGCCAUGUAUGUCAAAUUAAUAUCUUCUGAUGGCCAUGAAUUUAUUGUAAAAAGAGAACAUGCAUUAACAUCAGGAACAAUAAAGGCCAUGUUGAGUGGACCAGGUCAAUUUGCCGAAAAUGAAACCAAUGAGGUCAAUUUUAGAGAGAUCCCUUCACAUGUGCUCUCGAAAGUGUGCAUGUACUUUACCUACAAGGUCUGCUACACUAACAGCUCCACCGAGAUUCCUGAAUUCCCAAUUGCACCCGAAAUUGCGCUGGAACUUCUCAUGGCUGCGAACUUCCUAGAUUGUUAAAUAAAAUAAAUUAUAAUAAACGGUUAAUUUUUUCAGUAUUUAAUACCUGUAGUUCAGUUAGUAAUUUUUUCACAUAUAGCAUGUUGCCUGUAUGAAUUCUAAAGUUAAUUGCUGAGCAGAUUCCUUCUGUCAUUUGCAUAGCAGAGUUGAAAUUUGUUUGCUACAUCAACAAAUUAAGGGCGUUACAAGCCAAGAAAUAAACAAAUAAUGCCAGUGUG